CACAUUUUAUGGCCAUAUUUGCUGCACUGCCAGACGUAAUCUUUUAAUCCUUAUUUCAUGUACCAUCUCUUGUAAUGGCUGAAACAGAAAUAUCAGUGUACAUGAAAAUAUGGGGGCAAAGCUUACCUGGAAGGUGCGCUGACAGAUGUAGUUUAGAACCAGAUGAUUUGUGGGCAGACAGAGGCUGUGGCGAUCUGACUAGAGGAUGGGCAACGCGAAGAGCUCGGGAGAGUUUGGGGCGGACGUGUCUCGUCAUGAUGUAACCAUGAAGGUGCUGGCUGCACAAAAGGGGGAGAGGGUUUUCUCCUGCUCCUACAACAAGUGGGUGAGUAAAGGCAAGUACACAUCGGGGUUUGGAGACUUCACAGACUACACAACGUGUCGCGAGGCUCAUCGUCGCCAGGGUGUCCUGGUCAAGCCAGAUUGUUCCGAGGGCAGGUACUUCAUUCACAACUUCAAAAACGCUACCCAGGUAAUUGUGUUGGACAGACAGUCAUGGUGGUCAGCCAUGAUCUCUCUGCCCAGGGUGAGUGUACCCAUGAACACCACGCCUAGCUGGCUGUAUUCAGACCUUAGAGCAGCGCUCUAUAGCAAGCAGGACGGCACUAUUAUAGGUUUCCAUGAUGGCUUAGCAAUUCUUCAAGUCAUUUUUGACAGAAACCUUCAAACCCCAAUAUUUUACAUUCUUGACCUUGAGGCCAGGAAGUGUGUGGGUCAUUUUAAGAUCGAUUAUAUCCGACGGCAGUGGUUUGAGUGUUACAUAUCCCCUGGCAAGCGGCGCAUCCUACUGCGCCCAGACCACCUGACACGCAUUCUGCAGGCUGGGAGCAGCUACGAGCCUGACAUGGUCACGUUAGACCCUGGGCUGGACAUCAAUGUUCAGGACGUGGACCCUCAGUUUAGGAGGAGAGCUUUGACCUUUAACCCCAAUUUGGGAGAUGAUGAUGUCAUCUUUGCUAAUGGUCGUGUCAUUCAGUUCUAUUCCCUGGAAUCUAAGGAGGUUUGGAAGAAUGAAGGCCCAUAUGAACUGCCAGCGAGUAUGCAGCAGAUUCGCAGCAGUCGCAGUGGCGAUUACCUAGCUGCACGGUGUGUCAGUCCAGUUCACAGUAAGGAAUACGACAUCAAUGUUGUGGUUAUUUUUGAUUUUGUGAAGCUCAACCUGUUACUGAAGAUCGACGCCAAGGGUAGUUACUGGCCUGUGUCAGAGGUGAUUAACCUGCAGGUGUUCCCCAAAUUCUCGGCAGGUGAGUCCUCUGUGGCUAUUAUGAAGAACAGGACAGCCAAGCGGAAGGUGUACGUGUACAAGCUGCCCGUGGUGGAGAUGAAACUGAAGAAUCUGUGUCGCCGUGUGAUACUGCAGCUGGUCUCCUUCAAGGAGUGUGAGCGUCUGCCGCUCCCGGAGCAAAUCAUCAAGUUUCUUCAGUGGAAGAGAGAAUAGAAGCUCCUAAGUGUCCAGUUCACAUAGCAUGUACCUGAUGAGCUCGGUUGUUCAUUGUAUGAGUGUUUAUUCUUAAUGAGCUGUAGUCAAUAGCUUUAGUGUAUAUAUUUUUUAAAUGCAAAAUUUUAUGUGAUAUUUUUUUUAGUGCUGUUCGCUUUUAUUUUCUAAUAUGUGCUUACGGUCAGCUUCUGGCAUUUACAUGUGAUAUCUUACAUCACUGGAUUUAGGGCCAGUUAAUCAUGUAUUACUCUACCUGUUUGUCAUUAAUUAAAUUAUUUAAUUGAUGUUAUGUGCAGUGUUAAUUAGUCCAGUUUAGGUGAUAAUUUUUGUUUCUGUACUGUUUAUUGUGUGUCCAGUGUUAAGUGAAUGGUGGCAUUCUGUGAGCUGGUUUUCUCUCUCUCAUUGU